AACAAAGACGGUUCGAAAUAUUCAAAUGCCGCUAUCAGCGGCACGCGCAGGAACCCUUGGUCACGAUCGACUUAGGGCUCUCCAUUUCGAUUUCGAUUUCGAUCCUCUCUCCUCCAAGUCCUCUAGUCCGACCAAUCAAGCAAGAAGAUGAGCACCCACGCCGCCCCUCUUCCGAGAAGGAGCGGCCUCGCCUCCCGCCGCGCUCCGGCGGCGGUGAAGAAACCAGUUCCGUUUGAGAAUGAUAGCACCACUUCCGCAGCCGCCGCCGAUACCCCCGUCGCCGCUGCAAACGGGAACGCCUCCAAGCCGAAUUCUGCCAGCCUAGCACCUGGGGAAAGGACUGUGAAGAAGCUGAGAUUAUCGAAAGCUUUGACUAUUCCGGAAGGAACCACUGUUUCCGACGCGUGCAGGAGGAUGGGGGCGCGUAGGGUCGAUUCUGUGCUCCUGACGGAUGCCAACGGGCUUCUCUCUGGUAUUGUUACCGACAAGGAUAUUGCCACAAGGGUUAUAGCGGAGGGUUUGAGGCCGCAGCAGACACCUGCGUCAAAGAUAAUGACUAGAAACCCAAAUUUUGUAAUGUCUGAUACCCUUGCAAUUGAGGCUCUGCAAAAAAUGGUCCAAGGAAAAUUUAGGCAUCUUCCUGUAGUAGAAAAUGGUGAAGUUAUUGCCAUGCUGGAUAUUACAAAAUGCAUGUAUGAUGCUAUAUCAAAAAUGGAAAAAGCUGCUGAACAAGGUAGUGCUAUUGCAGCUGCAGUUGAGGGAGUCGAACGUCAAUGGGGAAACAACUUGUCAGCGCCUUAUGCUUUCAUUGAAACUCUCCGAGAAAGAAUGUUUAAGCCGACUCUAUCAACUAUUGUAACAGAACAUUCAAAAGUUGUAUUGGUAUCUCCCUCAGAUCCGGUCUCUGUUGCUACAAAAAAGAUGCGUGAGUUUCGAGUUAACUCUGUGAUUAUACCAACAGGAAGUGGUGUUCAUGGAAUUCUAACCUCCAAGGAUGUGCUUAUGCGAGUAGUUGCUCAAAAUCUUUCACCUGAACUGACUCCUGUUGAAAAGGAUUGGUGCAAUGGAGUUCCUGUCAUGGUUUCUGAAGCUAACCUAUUUCACUCUGGAUUCCUGAGUUGGGUGUAUUUAGUUAGGAUGGAAGCUGUCUCAAAAUUGUCAAAUAUGAUACACAAUAUAUCAGAUUGAAAGGGCAUCAUAUCAGCAUAAUAAUUUGAUAGAGGUAUGAUAUUAUCAGCUUUAUAUAUGAGAUUUUUUGUGGUGCAAGUGCAACAAUAUGCAGUAUGGCUGUAUUGAUCUAGGUUGGUUGCUAUGUAGCACGGGUUCUCUGAUUUUUUUUUUUUGAAGUAUCGGACACGGAUACGGAUAUGAUACGCAAAUAUGCAUAUCGGAUACGGCCAAAAACUUGUCAUGGACUUUUUUGAGGUUUGACUAGGUGGAUACGUUUUGGACACGACAAGCAUACGGCUAGGAUACAUUCUUCCAAGAUACGUUUGGGCAAAAUUGCAAAUAUUUAAAAUUUUUGGGGGUUUAUUGAAAAAACUUGAAAAAUAAUUAAUAAAAAUGAAUUGGGUUGUGGGCUUUUAAAUCCUAAACCUUAAUCUUUUUCUACUCGCCUCUCAUCCUACUCACUUCUCAUCACCUCUUUGACGUCGCUCGCCUCCCUUUCUGCUCUCGUCGCAGCUCGCCAUGUAAGUCCUAAAUUAUUGUUUUCGAUUCUGCUCCGCUUCUCUAAAGUGCUUAGACCCUAAGCAUUUUGUUAGAAAGAUUUGAUUUAUAAAUUUGAAUAUAAGCCCUAAUUU